CUACCUCCUCUUUGGAUAGGUUUGUUACGGUAUGGAAGAUGAAGACACAAUGCAGGGCUUACAGAUUUGUAGGCCAUGUGGGAGCAGUGACCAGUGUACAGUUCUCACCAGAUGGGCAGUUACUUGCUUCAGCUUCUCAGGAUCGUACUGUCAGGCUAUGGGUUCCUUGCAUUAAUGGAGAGUCAUCAGUACUGAAAGGUCAUACAGCAUCUGUUCGUAGUGUGAGCUUCUCACAUGAUGGCUACUGUCUAGUUUCAGCAUCCAAUGAUAAAUCAAUAAAAAUAUGGAGUAUUCGCAAUCAGCGCCUUUUAUUUUCCCUGAUCCAACACACUCAUUGGGUUUGCUGUGCCAAAUUUUCACCUGAUGGAAGAAUAAUAGCAUCUUGCAGUGAGGAUAAAUCUAUUAAGCUCUGGGAUACAAGAAAUAAAACUUGUAUCAAUAGCUUCUUAGAUGACGAAGGAUUUGCAAAUUUUGUGGAUUUUGACCCAAGUGGUACAUGUAUAGCCUCUGCAGGUUCCAAUCAUACAGUGAAACUGUGGGAUAUUCGAACAAACAAGCUACUGCAGAAUUACAAAGUUCACAGAGCUGGGGUUAAUUGUAUAUCAUUCCAUCCUUCUGGUAACUACCUCAUCACUGCUUCUACUGAUGGUACCCUUAAGAUUCUGGACCUCUUAGAAGGAAGACUUCUUUACACUCUUCACGGACACAAGGGGUCUGUACUUUCUGUGGCUUUUUCAAAAGGUGGUGAAAAAUUUGCCUCAGGUGGAGCAGAUGCUCAGGUGUUACUGUGGAAAACCAACUUUGAUUCUUUUGAUUAUAAAGAAGUUCUUAAACACCAUUUUAGAAGAAUACAUAUUGAUGAUCCUCCUCAUCUUCUUGAUAUUUACCCAAGGUCACCUCAUCUCCAUGAUGAAAAGCUAGAGUCAGUUGAGGUCAACCCUACCUUUGGUGUGACUAAUACACAAACACGUGACCCACCUGUCAUAGAGAUUAGUUCCUCUUCAUCUUUCAGUCUUCCGGUUGAUGGCAGCAGUGAAGAGCUGCAGGAUCCUCCUACUUCAGUCUUGGAAAGAAUUUAAGAAAGGAAGUCAGAGAAUGAAAGUAGAUCAGCUGUGCAUAAUAGGGACAAGCAAACAGGGAUCCCCCCCUCCCUGGGGAAUGUUUUGGAGCACAUCGUGGGGCAGCUGGAUGUUUUAACUCUAACUAUUUCAAUCCUGGAACAACGUCUGACUUUGACUGAAGAUAAACUGAAAGAAUGCAUAGAAGGUCAGCAAAACUUCAGGAAAGACGGGACGAAUAAAAGCUGA